UCCGACAGAUAUGAAAGGAUUAUUGUGUGAGUCAGUGCAUAAGCCUGUUGUACUGUUAUACUGUGUAUGUGUGUGUAUGUGUAAGCCUGUGUUGAUACACUUGAGAACAUUAUGCUUCUGUUAUAAUGCACACGAGAACCUGAUUAGUACACUCUGCAACCGAAGAACAGCUCGCAGACAGACGUCCUUCAACACACAGGUACAUACCAACAACUGCAGAAUGUGUACUCUGGAUGAGGUUCCAUUUAGGGUUGCUUUGGACUGUGUGGAGAUACAGUUCGGUCUGAAAGAGCCUGUUGCGGCUCCUGAAAUCAACAUCCCAGAUUGUGUCCAAAUACUGCGUGAUACAAAGUAUUCGUUCACUAUGGAAAAACGGAUCAUGGCCGCAUGUGGUGAAUUACAGCGGAAGAACGGAAAGGCCAAAAAACUACCCCAGAGUGUGAGUCCCACCUGCCCACCGUAUUGUCUGAUGUUCAGCAGCCCGCAGGAGAGUCGAGUAGGACGUCACAGAGGUACAGAACUAUGGGAACUGGGCCCACGUCCCCGCAGCUUAAGCCUCAGCGCCACUGACUCACAAAGGCUCCAUCCACUGCGGGCAGUCCAGUUCCUCAUCGCUGACUCAGACUGCGAGGGCGGCUACAGCGAAGAUGACGAGGGUUCGUCCACUGAGGAAGAUGUCACUCGUAGCAAAGAAAGACCACAGAGUUCAGGCUCACAGUGCCAGCACUUUCCUCUUCGACACGCCCAGCGAAGCUCCACCCCCCAUCUAACACGCCCCGCCCCUUCAUCUGCGGUCCCUAAGGUCCGACCGAGCUCCGCCUCCUCUCUAAAGGACAUACGGAAACCCCUCCCCCCUGCCCUCACCCAGACACCGAAGGGCAGUCCUCACAACUCCAGACCCCCUCGCAGGAAACCCGCUGUCAUAAGAACCAACGGGAGACGGAACACACACACCCUACUUCAGCAAAGACCCUCAUCCGCAGGACCGCUGCCCUCUGCUAGGCCACAGAAACCCUCGUCACAUGAUCUGCGUCCACGAACUUCUGCAGGGCUGCAGGACGCUCACGCAGAUCUGCUUUGUGCUUUGAGUCAGGAGGAGCGAGAUCUACUUGAAGCUGUUACACAGCAAGGAUACACACUGCACACUGCAAUACUGGCAAUGCAGAGGACUGGACCCAAGAGCCCUGAUCAGAUUUUGAGUUACCUGACAUCAUGUGACCGGCUGUGUCGGUUGGGUUUUGAGAAGACUCAGGUGGAAGAAGCCCUGGAGAUGUUCCAGAACUGUGAGAGCAAAGCUGCAGAGUUCCUGUUUUUGCUGGCUCAGUUCUGUGAGAUGGGUUUCCAGCAGAGCACCAUCAAAGAAGUUCUGCUGGUACAUGAGAACCAUAAAGAGAGAGCCCUAGAGGAGCUCAUGACCCACAGCGGCUAAAAACACACCUCUGCUACAUGAGUGAAUGAAUCUUCAGCUUUAUGAAUUAAUUCAGAUCAUAAAUGAAUGUAUAAAUCCUUUGCUUUAUGAAUCUACAAUUGUCCAGUCUUUAAUGGAGUUGUCCUGUUUGUUUAUUGAUUUCAGUAUAUUCUUUUUAAUAUUUUGAUGACGUCACAUAAUUGAACUGUAGAUCAGUAUGAUGAAGAAUAAUCAGCUAAAAGAUGACAGAACAAUAAAUCAGAAUUUUUUAUUGAUCAUGAUCAGAAUUGAUCAUCUAGGAAGUUUAACACAUUGAGAACAGAGCUGGAGAGAGUUUAUAUGACUUUGUUGUAUCAUUUAUUCUGCAUCAAUAAUUAAUUUAGUUUUAGUGAAAUUUUCCAGUAUAUUGACAUUUUCCAAUAUAUAGAAUUUGAUCAAAAAGGUUCACAUAAAGUUUGUGCAUUUUCAUUUUAAAAGUAUCACCAUUUUUUUUUUAAACAGUUCUUAGUUUCACUUCAUCUUUAUUCUGAAGCUUUGCUUGACAUGUAGCAUCAUAAAUAUGUA